GUUUUCAGUUUUCACCAAUGAUGACGCCCACGCACUUUUCUAAUUUUUUCGUCGUCAUAUCUUAUAGAUAGCGUAACAUUUAAAAUAAGAUAACAACCCUGAUAAAUUGUGGUUUCAUUGGUUUCAUUUAAUCGAAAUAGUGCACAGGCUACGUCCUACGUGUAUUAACCUUUCUGUCGAAGGAAAAAGGUUUCAAAAAGGAAUUUUUAUAAUAUAAAACAGAAAAUGAUGAACUUGUGCCCGUCAAAAUUAUUGGCAAUGCUUCUCCUGGCUGCAGCUGUUAUUUGUACAAAUCAACUGUCGGACAAUUCAGACCCUUCCACUCCCGAUACUUACCCUUGGAAUAAUUUGCAGAUAUCCCGAGAGAGGCUUGGCUAUGUUGAGUAUGGCAAUUUUGGCGUCAACAUUUACCAACACGUUGAUAACUAUAAGCCAAAUACGACAUCUAACCAACACAAGUAUUAUUACGCUCCUAUCGCUCUAUUGCAUCACGAAAGUGCCGUCAGCAAACUCAACAGCGUCACAAAUCAGCCAGAAAUGCGAUUCCAUGUGGAGAUGUGGAACAACGAUGUUCGAAAUAAAGUGGUCAACUGGUUGACCGAUAUGUUCGAUCGACAAAUUAAACCUAACCAGGUGGAAGUUUUUCCACUCGACAGUGUGAUUCUGGCCACUUCCUCGCCUACGUCAUCUUUUUAUUUGCCCACUGAUUGGAAACCAAUGAACAACAAUAAGGAGAUUUGCUUGACUCUCAACUGUUUUGACCAAAGUGACUGCGACAAACUGGCCGAGGCAAUGCGCUCCGAUCCGCAACAGUUUCACCAUUUCAAACUUCUUUUCAGUUUGUCGUUGAAAACGGCCAAUACCAAAGAAAGGGUCAUCCAAAUUGAAAGUGUCACAACGGGUGACAUGGCCAACAAGCUCUUGCAGAAAUUUGGUUUUGAAAAAGAAAUUUUUCUCACGGCCGGCGACGAAAAGAAAAUGAUAACUGAAAUGGCCACCCACAUCCGGAUGGACACGUUCGUGGACUCGGAUGUUGUAUCCACUAGUUCAGGAAAGAAAAUUUAUACAAUGUUGGAGAAUUUGCUCAUCUCUUCCAGGUCGACCAUCAAAGGGCAAACCGACACGAUGUGGGAUUCGGUUUACUGGAACGAUGAUAAUUAUCGACCGGACAAAACGACACAAAUCUUGAAUGAUGCUUACACAAAAAUGGACAUUGAUGCCCAGAAGAAAUUGGUGGAAAUCUACACGAAUACCAAGAAAGGGGGAGGCCGGUUGGAGUUAGAUUAUUUAGCUGGAUUAAAAGGCUCCCUGGAUAUUGAUUUGUCUGGCCACAGUUCCAUUUCUAAAGAAGAUUCAGAUAAAUUUUACCAGGAAACUAAAGAUCACGUUGAGUGGAAUGGAGAAAAAUUCGUACCCAAACCCAUGCACUUGAGCAAAAUCAAUCUAGCCAAUUUCCGUGACACUCAGUUACUUCAAGACAAAGUAGUGCGCGUAAAUUAUACGACCGCCAUUCUGUCAACGCCCAUAAAUUUUUUCCAACAAGAAAAAUUGACCCCAUCCCAUGAAUGGCAAAAACUGAAGAACACCGUCGAAGAUUUGAAAAAAGAAAUUUACGAAAGAAAAAACGAAAUAAUGGACAUCGGUAAAAUGCCAACCUCAUGUGAAGAUUUGCAGAGAAUGGGGCAUAAAAUCAGCGGAAUAUUUCUUGUUAAGGGAUCGACAAAGUUUGAAGCUGUUUAUUGCGACUUUUCCCCAAGCGAAAAUGAUUUACAAAACUGGAUUGGAUAUGUCGACAUAAAAUCCUUACCCGUCCAUUUCUACGUUACCAGAUACGAUUCGUUCAGCACAAAAUCAGUUCCGAUUCCGUUCCAGCGUGAAGUUAUCAACUACGGAAAUGCAAUGGAUUCCACAUCGGGAGUAUUCAAGUCCCGGCGAUCGGGAACGUAUUUUUUCUCCUUCACUGGACUGGCUAAUUUUCCAGCUUCACCUUCCCCUGCUUAUUUAGGCAUUCAACUUUAUUUGAAUGGUGGUGAAAUUGCAGAGGGUCGGACUGAAGAGGCUCACAACGUCGCUGAUUUAAAGAGUCAACUGACCCUACAGUUGACGCUGAAUUUGAAAAAAGGCGAUAAAGUUUGGCUACAAAUUUGCUGCAUGUCACCAGGAGUGUCUCUGUAUGACGAUAGUGCUCACUUCACUCAUUUCACUGGAAUCUUAUUGGAGGAAGAAUUUGUUCAGAAAAUUAUUGUCUAAUUCAUAACAAAUGGAAAUUUUCCAUCAAAAUUUUAACUAAAUUCUAACUUCAACCUGCUUGAUAAUCUUCAAUCUUAUUGUUCUUCUUAGAAAACCCCUGAUUUUACUUAAAGAAAUACAAUUAUAACCACAAUU